UAGAAAAGAUCACAAAGAUGAUAGAGGAAAGGGUGAAGACAAGACCUUUGCCACCACCACCACCUGCACAACCAACUGGUGAUGGUUCUGUGAAUUUAACUUCAGAACAACCUGUUAAAACAAGAGAUGGAGACUCUGUUAUGGAUACAGAGAAGAAUGAAUCAGCUGAAAAUAAAAAUGAUAAAGAGACAAACAAUGAUAACAAACCAACCAGUGAACACAAUAGGCCUGAAAGCCCUGAUAGGAGGCAUGAUAGGAAAAGCAGAGAGAGGGACCGAGAUAGGGAACAUAAACGAGAAAAGGAAAGGGAACUUGAAAGAUAUGAAAGAGAAGCAGAGCGGGAACGCAUUCGGAAAGAGAGGGAACAAAGACGAAGGAUUGAGGAGGCUGAGCGUCAGUAUGAAGCAUAUUUGAAGGAUUGGGAGUAUAGAGAAAGAGAGAAAGAGAAAGAACGCCUGUAUGAAAAAGAGAAGGAGAAGGAAAGGGAGCGUAAAAGGAGAAAGGAAAUACUUUAUGAUGAAGAGGAUGAGGAUGAGGAUUCUAGGAAGAGGUGGCGCAGAAGUGUGCUAGAGGAUAAGAGAAAGAAGAGGCUGCGUGAGAAGGAAGAUGACCUAGCUGACAGACAAAAAGAAGAGGAAGAAAUUGCUGAAGCCAAGAAAAAGGCUGAGGAGGAACAGAAGCAGCAAAGAGAUGCAUUAAAGCUAUUAGCUGAGCAUGUUGUAAAUGGUGUUAAUGAAAAUAUGGCUACUGAAAAGAUUACUGAUGAGGUCAGAAGCAUUGUUGCUGAACAAGAUACUAUGGCUGAUUAUAAUAGUCGUGAAGAUCAUAUUGGUGAUGGUCAUUCACUAAAUGUCAUCAAUGAUGACUCAACCAUAGCAUCUGUUGCUCCAACUGAUACACAGUCAAUUGGGAAUGCUCCUACAAAGAAAUUGGGGUUUGGUCUAGUUGGUUCAGGAAAAAGAACAACUGUUCCUUCUGUUUUCCAUGAAGAGGAGGGUGAUGAAGCACACAAGGACAAAAAAAUGAGGCCCUUGGUUCCAAUUGAUUACUCAACUGAAGAAUUGUAG